CUUCGCCACCCUUUCCGGUCAUGUGACUUAAUGGCCCGUUUGGGACCGCGCGUCUUUCGGUGUUGGCGCGUAUCUUUACAUUGCCAGGCUUCAGUAGAGCCUCACACCCGACAACAGAGAUACUUCACCGCUAAAGCUACUCGCAGAAGUAGGAGAAAAUGUCCGACUGGACCAGAGGCAGACGGCGGGAUGCUAACAACAGCGAAAUUGAAAAUAGGACCUAUGGCCCGUCGCGGUGGUCCAACUGCAGGAAACGGGGCAUCGACGGAAGCCUGCGGGCCAACCGGGAGGAGCACGGGGCUGCGGGGGACACUGACAGUAGCACCAAGCACGCCGACAAGAGGCAUGAUGGUUUCACAACUCCAGAGAGCACAGGCCCGGUGUCUCGCUGUAGUAGACAAGCUGACUGGGGCAGCCAGGUGGAGGAUGAUGAGAUGAGGAGGGGUGUACACAGAGACAUGCAGCGUUACAGGAGGAGGAUACUGGGUGCAGAGGUCACUCAGAGGGAGAGAAAGACCUCGUCUGGCUCUUCUGGGAGCUGUGACUCAAAAGAGGGAGACAACAUGGAGACUGAUGAGGCGGUGUUGCUACGGCGACAGAAACAGAUAAACUAUGGCAAGAACACACUGGCCUAUGACCGAUACGUCAAUGAAGUUCCAAAACACAUGCGUCAGUCGGGUGUUCACCCAAAGACUCCCAAUAAGUUCAGGAAGUACAGCCGUCGCUCCUGGGACCAGCAGAUCAAACUGUGGAAAGUCAAACUGCACGCCUGGGACCCCCCAACAGAGGACGGCCAAGACAAUGUCCUAGAUAACAUCAGUGAGGAGCUGGGUCUUGGAGAUGUAAUGGACGUUGAGCUGGACUUCCCCAACUUACCAGACACCCAGAAUGCCCCAACCACACACAGACUUUCUCUAGACGGGGAAGACUGUUUAGGCACUCCAGUUAAAGUACAGAAGACUGAAAGCCCAGCGGAACCUGAAAUGGCAUAACUCCUCCAUAGAAAAGAAAAUACAUGUUUACCCACUUCUCCCCCGACAUGUUCCCUCACUUCCAACAGCCCUCGAUGUUUACCCAGAAGGACUCCUGGUACUUAAUCUGCUCAAAGCAAUGCUGCAUCUGCACAGUCCCCCCCGGCUGUCUGCGCACCUCGGUUUGUAGGGAAUGGUUCAACAUUGUCCAGCGUACGCUGUGUUCUGCCUCCGUCAUGCUAGUGCUUCUUAAUCCAUAGGCUGGGAUCUUUUUACAGACUGCUAAUCUGCUCAGGGAGUUUUACAGUUGCAUGUUGAAUCAAGCUGUGGUUAGUGUCCAUUAUGUACAAAUGUUGAAUCCUGCUUCAAGUGACUGAACUCAAAUGCUUCUGUCACCUGUUUAAAGGAGAUGGGCAAACCAAAGGUAAAAUACUUUCCCAUUAAUAACUCUGACAAGACCCCUCCGCAAGUAUGUACAAUUUUAAAUACCGAAAAGCAUUAACUACACUUAUUGAGCUGUAAUUUGUUUUUAUAUUGGUAGUUUUAUAAUGCUAAUGUUGCUGUGGUUAUUGCUGUUUCCUUCAUGUUGAGGACUUUCAAAUAAUAAAUAAAAAAGACUUUGUUGUUUCAUUGUC